CACUCUUGGUCAGCGGUGCAAACGAUGUCUUGUUGGUACUGGGAAUGGCUUGGUACUUCACGAUCUGCUGAUUGAUUGCCGAACGCCCCGGAAGUGUAUGUUGCCCAUUCAUAUUCAAUGGACGUCUGAAAGUCUGGAAGCCACUCCCAUCCUCUCUCUCGAAUUUCAAGUGUUCAUGCUUGACCUAUUCGAUGAUCAUAUUUCACAUCUGCUCGCAAGUCGGAUCGACUCAUACACAGAUGUCGUUGAAACUUUAUGA